CCGGCUCCGAGUUGCCGCUGCUCACGAUGCGCGGCGGGCAGGGCGCGACGCGGGCACCGGUGCUCCAGUUCACCAACUGCCGCAUCCUGCGCGGUGGCGCACUGCUCAGGGAGGACCUGUGGGUGCGUGAGGGCCGCAUCCUGGAUCCGGAGAAGCUGUUCUUCGACGAGCGGCGCGUGGCCGACGAGCAGCGGGACUGCGGGGGCUACAUCUUGGCGCCAGGCUUCAUCGACGUGCAGAUCAACGGUGGAUUUGGUGUCGACUUCUCCAAGAUCACAGAGAAUGUGGGUUCGGGGGUUGCGCUGGUGGCCCAGAGGAUUCUGUCCCACGGUGUCACCUCUUUCUGUCCCACCCUGGUCACUUCCCCACCAGAGAUUUAUCAUAAGGUCCUUCCUCAGAUCCCCGUGAAGAGUGGUGGUCCCCAUGGGGCAGGGGUCCUCGGGGUGCACCUAGAGGGCCCGUUCAUCAGCCAGGAGAAGCGGGGUGCACACCCUGAGGCCCACCUCCGUUCUUUUGAGGCCCAUGCCUUCCAUGAUGUGCUGGCCACCUAUGGUCCCCUGGACAACGUUCGCAUUGUGACACUGGCCCCUGAGCUGGGCCGCAGCCACGAAGUGAUCCAGGCACUGACAGCCCAGGGCAUCUGCGUUUCCCUAGGGCACUCUGUGGCUGACCUACAGGCUGCAGAGGAAGCAGUACAGAGUGGGGCCACCUUCAUUACCCACCUCUUCAAUGCCAUGUUGCCUUUCCACCACCGUGAUCCUGGCAUUGUGGGGCUCCUGACCAGUGACCGCCUGCCCCCUGGGCGCUGCAUCUUCUACGGAAUGAUUGCCGAUGGCAUACACACCAAUCCUGCAGCUCUACGCAUUGCCUACCGGGCCCAUCCCCACGGGCUGGUGCUAGUCACUGAUGCUGUCCCUGCCCUGGGCCUGGGCAAUGGCCGUCAUACACUGGGACAGCAGGAUGUCGAAGUGGAUGGGUUGACGGCCUAUGUGGCAGGCACCAAGACGCUGUGUGGCAGCAUAGCACCAAUGGAUGUCUGCGUCCGGCAUUUUUUGCAGGCCACAGGCUGCAGUGUGGAGGCAGCCCUGGAGGCUGCAUCCCUGCAUCCUGCCCAGCUGCUGGGGCUGGAGAAGAGCAAGGGGAGUCUGGACUUUGGUGCUGAUGCAGACUUCGUGGUGCUCGACGACAACCUCCGUGUCCAGGCCACCUACAUCUCUGGUGAGCUGGUGUGGCAAGCAGAGGAAGCCAGGCUAUAACCAAGGACCUCAGCAGGAGAGGAUGCCCAGCCCCAGAUGGACACUGACAUGGCGGACAUUUGAGGGAGCUGGUCUCCAGAGAGCAAGUUGGGACCCCUCCUCCAGGUUGGCCCUUCCAGAGCCUCAAGUGGCCCUGGAGGCAGUGGCUCGGAUAAAUGUGUGGCCAGCAAGA